AUGCAGACGCCACAUUGCAGGGCCAACAAUCUCCUGCUUAUCCUUCUGGGCCCCAUACUGUUGGCUAUGGGCCCGUCAGCUAUGGAGAGCCAAGCACUGUAUGACCUGGAGAGGGAACCAGCCUAUUGGGAUGCUCAGGCCAGGGCAACACUGGAUGCUGCGCUCAGACUCCGCCCCCGGGAGCACCGGGCUAAGAACCUCAUCCUGUUCCUCGGCGACGGGAUGGGUGUGUCCACAGUGUCGGCUGCUCGAAUCCUGCGAGGUCAGAUGGAGGGCGCGUCAGGGGAGGAGACAAUGCUCGCCAUGGACACCUUCCCAUAUGUGGCCCUGUCAAAGACCUACAGUGUGGAUAGGCAGGUCGCAGACAGCGCCAGCACGGCUACAGCCUACCACUGUGGGGUGAAGGCCAACGCUAAGACAUUGGGGCUCAGCGCUAGUGCAGUGGCCUACGAGUGUAACACCACCUUCGGUAAUGAGGUCUUCUCAGUUCUACGACGUGCUAAAGCUCAAGGUAAAUCAGUCGGCGUAGUGACGACCACCCGGGUCCAGCAUGCCUCGCCGGCCGCUGCUUACGCCCACUCGGUCAGCCGCAGUUGGUACAGUGAUGCAGAUCUUCCUCCCAGCGCCCGCCGACAGGGCUGCGUCGACAUUGCAACCCAGCUGGUCACUAAUGUUGACAUUGAUGUGAUUCUGGGGGGAGGGAGGAUGUACAUGACACCAAAAGGCACUCCAGACCCCGAGUACCCUACCUCCAACUCUCGCAAAGGGGACCGCAAAGACAAGAGGAACCUCAUUGACGUGUGGCUGAAGGCUAAACCAAACAAGAAAUCACAUUAUGUUUGGCACAAGAAGGAGUUUGAUGAAAUAAAUGCUAAAGCUACUGACCGGCUCAUGGGUCUUUUUGAGCCAAAAGACAUGCGAUUCGAGGUUUUCCGGAACAGCACACGUGACCCUUCCAUUGUGGAGAUGACAGAGAAAGCCAUACAAAUCCUCAGCAAGAAUCCGAAAGGAUACUUCCUAUUUGUGGAAGGAGGGAGAAUUGAUCAUGGACACCAUGAUGGCAUUGCCAAACUGGCGCUGACAGAAGCGGUGAUGUUUGACCGAGCCAUUCAGCGCGCUGCGCAGCUCACACGGGAGUCUGACACUCUCACUGUGGUCACUGCUGACCACUCCCACGUCUUCACCUUUGGAGGGAACACACCUCGAGGGAAUCCCAUCUUUGGUCUGGCAGCAAAGAAAGCCGAUGACAAAAUGCCUUUCACCAGUAUCCUGUACGCCAACGGCCCCGGUUAUGUCCAUAUAAAUGGAACCAGAGGGAACAUCACAAUGGUGGAUUACUACGAUGAGGAGUACAUGCAGCAGGCUGCCGUGCCAUUGGAUGCUGAGACGCACGGCGGGGAGGAUGUUGCUAUCUACGCCAAAGGCCCAAUGGCUCACCUCAUUCAUGGGGUGAAAGAGCAGAACUACGUGGCACAUGUCAUGGCCUAUGCUGCCUGCCUAGAGCCCUACAAGAACUGCCCUCCUCACCAGCACAGCCACACCUCGAGCGGGUGUGUGAACACAAACUCGAGCCAUCUAUUUGGCCUGCUUAGCCUCCUCUGGUUACUCCGAUGA